AUUAUUUUAUGUUUUAAGUGGCUGCCUACUAAUAAAUAAAGCUUGUUGAAUUAGAGUAGUUGCAAAAUAAGAUUUACUUCCGGGACUGGUAUGAUUGCUCAUUUGACAAAUUCUUCAGCUCACCGUGAAGGCCAUGGAGAUAUGCCUUCCUCUAGAGCUUUCACCUCUAUUUUAAACCAAUCGACCGUUGCGUUCUGGAAUUCAAACAUCAGAGCAACGGUCGGCAAUGGCCUCCACAGCGAAGCUCUCCUUCUUUACCGGCGCAUGAGGCUUGCCGGCAUCCACCCCGAUCAUCUAACCUUCCCUUUCCUCCUCAAAUCCUGCGCCAAGCUUUCAAACGUAAAUCUACCCCAAAUGAUCCAUACCCAUAUUCUCAAAUCCCCCUUCUCCUCCGAUGUCUUCGUUGCCACUUCAUUGGUCGAUUUGUACGCUAAAAACCGGCUUCUGGAUCAUGCAGAGCAAUUGUUCGAUGAAAUGUCCUACAGAGACGUUGCCGCUUGGAAUGCUAUCUUCGUUGGUUUGGCUGGAGAUAUGUAUGCGCAUGGAAGAGCCUUUCUUCUUUUUCAGAAAAUGAAAUUGGAAGAAAUAAAGCCUGAUUCGAUAACCAUCACGAGCUUGGCUCAAUCUUGUGCUAAUAAAUCAGAUGCAGUAGGCCUUCUGAAAGCUGUUCACUGCUUCGGAAUCAGAAUAGGAUUUGGAUAUAAUGUUUCUGUUUCCAACACUUUGAUAGCAUGCUACGCCAAGUGUGAAGAUUUGGACUCAGCUGAAUCAGUGUUCAGAGAGAUUCCCCAAAGUACAAAGUCGGUUGUGUCAUGGAACUCCAUGAUUGCGGGCUUUGGAUAUCUUGGCAGAUCUGAUGAAGUUGCUGCUCACUUCAAAUCGAUGUGCCGGGAUGGGACGAGGCCAGAUUUGAGCACAAUUCUCAGCUUGCUCUCGGCUUUCGGCCAUUCUGAAGACUCGGUUCCAGGGAAGCUUGUUCAUUCUCUAGCCAUCAAAGCAGGGUUUGAUUCGGACAUCAGUGUUUCAAAUACUCUGAUUUCACUUUACUAUAAAUCUGGUGAUAUCAGCUCUGCUAGAUACUGUUUUGACAGCAUGAGUCAGAGAAAUUGUGUAUCUUGGACUGCAAUCAUCAGUGGAUAUUCAAGAGCAGGUGAUAUCAAUGAGGCCAUCAAUUUGUUUCAUGAAAUGGAGAACAGUGGGGAGAGAGCUGAUGCCGUAGCAGUGGUUGCCAUAUUGUCAGCUUGUAGCCUGACUGGUUUUGUUGAAUUUGGUAGAUCAAUGGAAAGAUAUGUGAUGUCGAACAACAGGCUUCUGGAGAAUGUCAUGGUCUGUAAUGGACUGAUUGAUAUGUAUGCUAAAUGUGGAAGCAUUUCAGAUGCACGCAGAGUUUUUGAGCGCAUGAGGGUGCGCAAUGUGGUUUCUUGGACAACCUUAAUCGCCGGUUGUGCCAUGAAUGGUGAUUUUGAAGAAGCUUUGAGUCUUUUUUCUCAGAUGAUUGAACAGAAGUUUGAGCCAAAUCACGUGACUUUCCUUUCAGUUCUUCAAGCUUGCACUCAUGGAGGAUUGCUUGAAAGAGGGAGGGAGUUAUUUCAUAUGAUGACAAAGGUUUAUUGUGUGGAACCAAGAUUAGAACACUAUGCUUGCAUGGCAGAUUUACUUGGGAGGAGAGGGGAGUUAAAGGAGGCAUUAGAAUUCAUCAGGACAAUGCCCAUUGAGCCAGAUUGUGGUGUAUGGGGUGCUCUUCUUGGUUCUUGCAUGGUUCACCAGGAGACUGAAAUUGGCGAGUACGUCGCAAGCCGUCUAUUUGAAUUAGAUCCGAAUGCUACCGUGCCUUAUGUUGCAAUGGCCAAUAUGCAUGCUUCGAAAGAGAGGUGGGAGGGCGUGGCGAAGGUGAGGGUGAUGAUGAGAAGGAAGGGGUUGAAGAAAUCAGCUGGUCAGAGUAUUGUGCAGGUGAAUGGGAAGGCUCAUUCAUUUUUUGUGGAUGACAGAGUUCACCCUGACGGUUCUAUCAUAUAUGAGGUUUUAGAUUGCCUGAGUUUUCACUUGAAAGUAGAACAACAAAUGGAGGAUUUACUUUCAAUGCUGUAGGGUUAUUGUGCCUUGGGAGAAUAAAGUAGAUGACAUAGCUCAGAAUCAAAUCUCUAACUCACAAUAACGGCCCAUUCAACUCAGCGGAAGAAAGCAUGAAUCACCCAGUUGUCAAGGUGUCAUUCAUGCAAAAAUUGAAAUUUAUGUGUUAGAUACGUAAAUAUAUAGGAAUUGA